AGUUGCUUCAAAGCUUUCUUUCCAACUGCAAAAAUGAUAGCAACAUUGAACUUGUGUUUUACUCAAACCCUUCUUAUAUUGAUAGAACCUCACUUCACUUCAGUACCACUAAUGAGUGCCUGCUGUUUGGGAGCUGGGAAAUUUUUUGAGAGAGCUGAGUUUCAGCGUUUCCCGGCGAUGGCUGCACGUUGGGACAAGUCUUCGCCGGCUCUCAAGCAAAUCCUGCUCAAAUUAUACCGCAGUGAAAAGCCCGUGGAGAUUGAUCAUCACUUAUAUGAGUUUGGCUCUGUGGAAUACCACAUUCAGUGUUCAGUUUCCAGUGCACAAGACAUCUACUUGUCAAUAUCAACCCCACCACUGUCCCAAGGAGUCAUGCAAUCUCAUGGGCUCUCUCCAAAUACAAUACAGAUGGUGAAGGAUUACUGUUCUGAUGCUGUAGAGAUUGUUGAACCUGCAAAAGAAGGAUACCACCUUACUAUGAAAAUCAACUUUUCCAAGAUUCCACGUAAAAAAGACUCUGAAAAAGUGAUUGGGCAAAUUUCCUCCGUACAAGCAGUAAUCCUAAGUUCUCAGUUGAAAGAAAUGCUAAGUAAUGUCAACAUCCAGGAUUCAACGCAAGGAAUGUACAAGCCAAUAAAACUUGUCUAUCACCCACGAGAGCCAUUCUACGUCAUCAAACAGCCACAAAAAAUCACUGCAGUAUUCCCGAUGCGUUUCAAAGAAUAUUCAGACGUGAUCAUUGCAACAGCUUUCUUCCAGGAACUUAUGGAUGAGGGAAGUUCAGAAAAAUGGUCUAAAGCACCACCUUGCUCCUGGUCACCAAUCCCUCCUCCAGAACUUAGAGGAGAAUCUUUUGAGGAUUUGAGCACCAAUGGGGGAUUUGUCUCUUUUGAUAUUUCUUCACAUCAUGUUGAAGGUAAAAAACUAGACAAAACCGUAUGGAAUCUUUCGAACUUCUAUGGCUAUGUGAAAAGACAUGUAAAGUGCACCAGAGGCUACAUACAGAGAAGGAUGCGAAGGUGUAUGGAAAGUUUGGUUGAGGUCCUGCAGAAGGCAAGCCUAAAGGAUGACAAACAUAAUGAAGAGGUUCAAGAGGCAGGAUGCAGGUACAUGCAAAAACUGGUGAAGUUGUCAAAAACAAAGAUCCUUAAACGAAGAUGUAGUGAUUUCACCAAAAAGAUCAAGAGAAUCCGUUCCCGAAUAAAAAUUCAUGGACGUGUCCAGCUACAGCGACGAUGGUUGGCAAUGCCAAAGUUUUCUUCCCGAAUGGGAUAUAGAAAAUUAGAUUAAUUUAGUUUCGAUAUUUAUAAUAUCAUGUUAGAUGCAGUAUGAGCACCUUAAAAAUUAAGCUUUUGUAUGACAAUGUAUAAAUUUGUGGUUGUAUUUUCAUUAAUCCAUAUCAAUCUAACAUAAGUACCGACUGUGCUUCAGAUUAGAAAGUCUUGGAACCAUCCCACAUCUAAUCACUGAAUACAAAUAGCAUGCAAAUCAAGGCUUAAUCACUAACUCACAAGAAAUCGACAAAUAUCCAGCAUUCCUAUGGUUGGCAUAUGUCAAAGAUUAAAAUGGGAAACGAAUGCAGGGAAGUAAUGGUUUUUCCAAGUAACAAAAAACAGGAAUAUGGAACCAUCAUAAGAUAAAUAAAAAAUUUUAAAAAAAGAGCACUUUUUUUUUCUAUGAACGCUAGACAAGUAGACAACCUCUCCACGUAUUAUGUGGGGGUAAGGUCCACGUAAAUCUUACUUGUCCCCGACCCCACCCAUUGGGGAGCCUUGUACACAGGUGUUGUUUACCUUUUGGUAGACAAGUAGACAACCCUUCAUAUUCUCAAAGUAUGACAUAAUUGCAGCAAUUGCCAAAUAUAAAUUCAAGAGUGUCAGGCCAAUGGAGGAAAAUAUGAGUGAGUGGUCAUGUGCCAUUUUACAUAGCAGUUUAUGUUGCAGCUCAAUUAGCUUACACACACAAAAAAAAACAGUGGAGCUAGUCUAUUUUUCAAUGGCAUGCCAAUUAAGGGCCUAUAAGAAAUUCAAAAUAGCACCAGAGAAAAAAAAAUAGAGCAU